AUGCGUACUUGCCUUGCCUUUGCUUCGUCCCUCUUGCUUGCUGGUCAAGUUCUUUCGUUAUCGAUCGCUGUCGGGGGUUCUGUCGGAACUAUUGACGCAACCCAGUUCCUCAACGUCACCGACACAUACCUGUUGACUGACUGUCAGAACCCGUGCUCCAGCGCAACCGCUCAAAUCGCCAAUUGCACCACCAAUGAUUCUUGUCUGUGCUCAUCCAGCACAGUCAUGGCCAUCACAUCAUGUGAGCAAUGCAUGUUCAACGACUUGAUCGCCAAGUUCGCGACAAGCACCGACCCCCGCGCUGGCUCAUCCGCUGCUCUUACCGCGUACGCCGCUGCAUGUUCAUCCGUAGGCUUCACAGUCCCUUCCUCUUCCGUUGCCUUGUCCCUUCCUUCCAGUUGGGAUGGCCCUUUCGGAGUUAGCCUUGGGACUCUUUCUACGGUUUCGAUAGUGGGCGUUGGUGCAAUCCUUGGCGCGGGCAGUCUUUUGCUGUUGUCCAAUAUGUGA